AUGAGACAUGUGGAGGUGGAGUUUCCCAUGCUCGUCGCCAACACGUGCACCACCGUAGACGUGGUAUGGCAAGACGGCACACGGCAACAAGGCAGACCUUCAGCGACCAUCGUCCCCUUUGGGAUCUGGAAUGAGGAAGAGUUCUUCCCCGGACAGCAUGUUGUCGCCAACGUUCUUCCUAUUAAUGCAGCCGUUGACGCUACUGUUGAUGUGACAACUACUAGUGUCAACAACGACAUUGCCGCAUCUGGAACUGGACCAGCGGAGCGUGUCGGCAUCGUCAAGAGCAUGCAACACGAGGACCAGACGGUUUGUGUAUCAUGGUUCAAGACGCAAGGGCAUCCUGAUGAGGCUAUGGAGGUCGAGUGCGAUGAUACCGUCAGUGCUUAUGACCUAAGAUUGGACUCUAGCCACUCUGCUUACUAUGGUGAUAUUGUCAUUCGUAUCGUACCAUCAGUAUCAACAGAUGACGGUGAAAGUGCACCCUUGUCACAGGGAAACAAGAAGAAAAAUGUCGUUCCCGCCGAUCUUUCAUGGGUGGGGCGGGUAGUUGAACUUCCUAAUGGGCACGUCCAAGUCAAGUGGGGUGAUGGUAGCAUGUCAACGGUAUCGCCUCAUGAGAUCGUUGUCAUCAAAGAUGAGCACUACAUGGAGCUAUGGCUUGAAAUGGGUGAUUGGGUAGAGGACAAUGGCAUCGAUGACGCACCCGAAGAACCGGUUGCUGCCAACACGGACAUUGAUCUUCAGAAUCUAGAUAACGAUGUCGAAAGCGUCAGCCCGCCAAUGUCAAGGACAAGACUUUUAGGUUUGUCAUUCCGGUCUUUGCUCCAAUUGACCAGCGACAUAUGGUGGCUCGAGAUCAGCCCUCUGGAUCACCACUACCUUGACACUACGGACCAGGAAAUGCAGGGCGCUAGUCGUGCGAAGAGUUGGGCUAAAGCAGUGCAAAAGGAAUGGAAAAUUCUGGAGGACGACUUACCAGAAACCAUCUACGUGCGAGCGUUUGAGGACCGCAUGGAUCUGCUCCGGGUGGUGAUGGUGGGCGCAAGCGGGACACCGUAUCAUGACGGCCUCUUCUUCUUUGAUCUGCAGCUACCUCCUUCGUAUCCGGAUGCCCCGCCGCAAGUGUAUUACCACUCCUUUGGCCUACGCCUCAAUCCAAACCUCUACGAGUCUGGUACAGUGUGCCUCAGCCUGCUAAACACAUUCGGUGGCGAGGGCACCGAGGUCUGGUCCUCGACGGAGUCAAGCCUCCUCCAAGUCGUUGUCUCCAUCCAGGGCCUUGUCCUCAAUGACAAACCAUACUACAAUGAGACUGGCUACGAGACAAUGGUCGACAAACCGGAGGGCCGCCGCAAUGCGCUGCCCUACAGUGAGAAUGCUUACCUGCUCACCCUCCGGACCAUGCUACACCUUUUACGUCGGCCACCUCGGGGAUUUGAGGAAUUCGUUAAGGAACACUUCCGCCAUCGGGGAAGGUUUGUGCUCAGGGCAUGCAACGCGUGGCUGCAGGGAAAUAUUGUCGACAAUGCUCAUGCCACUGAAGUGAGUAGGAAGCAGCCGUGCUCGGCUGGGUUAAGGCUUGCACUCACAAGCCUCGUGGCAGCCUUCAUAGAGAUCCGAGCCGAGGGGUGCGAAGAGUACCAGUAG